UCCUGAGUAACUCUGAGGCUGAAACUGCUCAGGUUUACUUUAAGGCAGGGGCUGUGAUUUUCCCUGUGACUGACGUCCUCCAGGGAUCAACUGCAUUUCAGGUGUGUGAGGGGAGAGUGACUGCCCACCUGGCUACCCAGCCCUUCUUUCUGAGCCCCUGUUUACUCGGUUGCUGGGGCCUCCAUGACAGAUUUGCUUGGUGACCUUACACUGCAGUGGCUCCUGGGGCCAGAGAUGUGACCAAGGAGGGACCUUGCACUGAGGAACCUGUGACCGUAGGAAGACCCUCUGAGGCCGACUCUUGUUUGGCCUGGGCCAGUCCCUCCUACCAACACUGAUAAGAAUUUAGGUUCCUAGCAUCCCAGUAGGCAGGGUCACAAAGACAAGCUGAGAACUGAUACCACUGCUGUACCCACCCCUGGACCUCCCUGUCCCAUGCAGGAGUCUAAGCCAGUGCAACCAAGGCCGAGCACACACCCAUACCACAUGGCAAGGGUUUCACACGGGGUUUUCAUUUUUUCACCCCUGGCCGAACGAUGCAAGCUACCAGCCAUCCACCCAGACUUCUUAGAGUCUGUGCCAAAUACAUACUCAGACCAGAAUUAAGUUCAGGCCAUGGUAGGGGUGACCAGCCACUCUGCCGUGACUUGGAUUCAGCCAUCAAUUCCAAAGAAGCACACAGUGCCUUGCGUUUUGCUGGCUGGUUUGUUUUUGUAAAAUGAUGGGGCGGGAAGCAGUGCUGGGCAUUGGAAAGGGGCUGAACAAGGGGAAAUCUUCAAUACCUUUUAAAUGGAAACAUGUCUAGUUGGCCUCUUUUCUGUAAGGAACUAUACUGGGCGUCACAGAGGUGCAAAGACUAGAGUGAUCAAUUCAGGCCCUGGCCUGAAGGACUUCAUUAUUGAGAGUUCCCCGUAUAUAUAAAUGGCUAAACUCUCAGGCCAGUGAAUGCCUGUGACCAAGUGCCAAUGGGUGAAAGUAGAGGUUCCAGACCAGGAGUGGGAAAUGCAUCAACAGAGAGCUUGGCCACACACCGGCCCGGAGUGCAGAGGAGCAGUGCCAGGCCUCUGGGCACUGAGUUCUGAGCUUCUGGAGGGCCAGGAGAUACUCCCACCUGCAAAUGACUGGCUGAUUGCACUUUCCUUAGAGUUUGCCACCUGCGUUUCUGCUCUACCCACUAACUGCCUGCUUAGGUGCAGGGAGCCAGGCAGGGGCAGUGGUACCUGGGUCAGGACACUACAGCAGCCUCUGGCCUCAGGCAGGGAGUGCUGGACAGGCCAUCUCCUGUCCUGCUUUGUCUCUUUCUCCUUGAGCUCAGGACACAGUGGGGAGCCCUCGUGUUUCUGUAAGGUCAUCACACAGGCUGGAAUGUGUUUUUUUUUCCUCUCUCCCUGUCUUUCUUUUAAUGGACAAACACCCUUGAGGUUCUGGUUGAUUUUCUUAGAGAAAUGUAGAUUCUUUGAUUCUAACGAUGGAACAUAAGUUUUCUGAAUUUUAAGGAAAAUAAAGCCCAAGAUUUCAACAACCAGUGUUCCUGCCAAAUCCACUGGGCAAACAGAAAAGCUGCCUGCCUCCGGUGCUCCCAGACCCCCGUCCUUCUCAAACACGCAUCAGACACUUUGCACCAAGAAAAAACAAAGGGCAUCCCUCCUGGGGCCACCCUUGCCCCCUCUCCAGGUAUGCACUGUCUGGCGCGCCCUGCGUGGGGGCCGCAGGUUCAAGACACCCGGGCGCGGCGCGGGGCCCUGAUGGAUGCGGUGACCGAGGCUGUGGCUGCGGGCGCGGGGUCUCCUCGGCAGUCGCUGCCUCCGCGGCCCCCUCCCCAGCCCCAGCCUCAGCCUCAGCCCCGCUGAGCGGGCGGCCGGAGCAUGCGCCGUGCGCGCCGGGCCAGGAGGCGGGCGAGGAGGCAGCGCGCAUCACUCGGGUCCCCUUCCUGCACCCAGCCGCCACUUGCCGGUUGCUAAGCAGUUAUCAUUGUUUCUGUGGCGAUUGCAGAGGCUGUUGCUAAUUGGAGAAGCCCCACUAAGCAGCGGCAGCUUCCUCCUUCGGAUCGUCUCUCUGCUGUUUGCAUUUAAAGAGCAAACUCGGCUUGCCUGCCCACCCUCCCUCCCCCACCCUCCCCAAAAUAGCCUUGUGAUUUCGGAAGUAUGGAUUAAAAUCACACUCCUCCUCACCUUACCGCUUGGACUCUGGUGGCUCCCAACUCGCCGUCAGACCCCAACUGCCCCGGUGGUGGGAAGCGCCUGGACGGACCAUGACCACAGCCAAAGAGCCAAGCGCUUCGGGGAAAUCCGUGCAGCAGCAGGAACAGGAGCUGGUGGGGAGUAACCCUCCACAGAGGAAUUGGAAAGGAAUAGCGAUUGCACUCCUUGUUAUUCUGGUUAUCUGCUCCUUGAUCGUCACCUCGGUCAUACUUCUGACACCAGCGGAAGAUAAUAGUCUGUCUCAAAAGAAGAAGGUCACUGUGGAAGAUCUCUUCAGUGAAGACUUCAAAAUUCAUGACCCCGAGGCUAAGUGGAUAAGUGAUACAGAAUUCAUCUACAGAGAACAGAAAGGAACAGUGAGACUGUGGAAUGUUGAAACAAAUACUUCUACUGUCUUAAUAGAAGGCAAAAAAAUUGAAUCAUUAAGAGCCGUCAGAUAUGAAAUAUCUCCAGAUAGAGAGUAUGCACUUUUUUCAUACAAUGUGGAACCUAUAUAUCAACACUCGUAUACUGGAUAUUAUGUCCUGAGCAAAAUUCCUCAUGGGGAUCCUCAAAGUCUGGACCCACCAGAAGUCAGCAAUGCAAAACUUCAGUAUGCAGGAUGGGGCCCUAAAGGCCAACAGCUGAUAUUUAUUUUUGAAAACAAUAUCUACUACUGUGCACAUGUCGGGAAACAGGCCAUCCGUGUGGUCUCCACUGGGAAGGAAGGUGUGAUUUACAACGGCCUCAGUGACUGGCUGUAUGAAGAGGAGAUUUUGAAGACACACAUCGCACACUGGUGGUCUCCGGACGGCACGAGACUGGCCUACGCCACCAUCAAUGAUUCCCGUGUCCCCCUCAUGGAGCUCCCAACUUACACCGGCUCCAUCUACCCCACCGUGAAGCCCUACCACUAUCCCAAGGCUGGAAGUGAGAACCCCAGCAUUUCCCUACAUGUUAUUGGCUUAAAUGGACCCACCCAUGAUCUGGAGAUGAUGCCGCCUGAUGAUCCACGGAUGAGGGAGUACUACAUCACCAUGGUGAAGUGGGCCACCAGCACCAAGGUCGCCGUGACCUGGCUGAACCGGGCGCAGAACGUGUCCAUCCUCACCCUCUGCGACGCCACCACGGGGGUCUGCACAAAGAAACACGAGGAUGAAAGUGAGGCCUGGCUCCAUAGACAGAAUGAAGAACCCGUGUUCUCCAAGGAUGGCCGAAAGUUUUUCUUCAUCAGAGCGAUCCCCCAGGGAGGACGAGGGAAAUUCUAUCACAUCACCGUGUCCUCGUCCCAGCCCAACAGCAGCAACGACAACAUCCAGUCCAUCACCUCCGGGGACUGGGACGUGACCAAGAUUCUAGCCUACGACGAGAAGGGGAAUAAGAUCUACUUCUUGAGCACAGAGGACCUGCCUCGGAGACGACAACUCUACAGUGCCAACACGGUGGGCAACUUCAACAGGCAGUGCCUCUCCUGCGACCUGGUUGAGAACUGCACCUACUUCAGCGCUUCCUUCAGCCACAGCAUGGACUUCUUCCUGCUCAAGUGCGAAGGUCCUGGCGUUCCUGUGGUGAUGGUGCACAACACAACAGAUAAGAAAAAAAUGUUUGACCUAGAAACAAAUGAACAUGUCAAGAAGGCCAUAAAUGACCGACAGAUGCCUAAAGUGGAAUACAGGAACAUCGAGAUUGAUGAUUAUAACCUGCCCAUGCAGAUCCUGAAGCCAGCAACCUUCACCGACACCACCCACUACCCUCUGCUCCUGGUGGUGGAUGGCACCCCGGGGAGCCAGAGCGUGGCUGAGAAGUUCGAGGUGAGCUGGGAGACGGUGAUGGUGAGCAGCCACGGCGCGGUGGUGGUGAAGUGUGACGGCCGCGGCAGUGGCUUCCAAGGGACCAAACUCCUGCACGAAGUGAGGCGGCGGCUAGGUUUGCUGGAGGAGAAGGACCAGAUGGAGGCCGUGCGGACGAUGCUGAAGGAGCAGUACAUUGACAGGACGCGCGUGGCCGUGUUCGGGAAGGAUUACGGUGGCUACCUGAGCACCUACAUCCUCCCAGCAAAGGGAGAAAAUCAAGGCCAGACGUUCACCUGCGGCUCUGCUCUCUCUCCAAUAACAGACUUCAAGCUCUAUGCCUCUGCGUUUUCUGAGAGGUACUUGGGCCUCCACGGACUUGACAACAGAGCGUACGAGAUGACCAAGGUAGCCCAUCGAGUGUCCAUGCUGGAAGAACAGCAGUUCCUGAUCAUUCAUCCCACUGCCGAUGAAAAAAUUCAUUUCCAGCACACAGCAGAACUCAUUACACAACUAAUUCGGGGAAAGGCUAAUUACAGCUUACAGAUUUACCCGGACGAAAGCCAUUACUUUACCAGCUCCAGCCUCAAACAGCAUCUGUACCGGUCCAUCAUCAACUUCUUCGUGGAAUGCUUCAGGAUCCAGGACAAACUGCCGACAGUCACAGCGAAAGAGGACGAGGAGGAGGACUAACCUCAGGUCGCUCUAAGCACAGACGUGGCUCUUUCUAUAACCAGAUGCAACUGAGGGAUUUCCUUGCCCUCCCUCUUCCCUCGGAGGGGCGGGGCGGGGCGGGGCCGGGUGUUCCAUAGCAUGUGUGUCUCGGAUGCCGAAGGCAGUUUUGCUUGGGAAACAAGCUCCUUCCCCAGGGCCAUCACUCACGGCCUCCAUGGCACCAGGGACAACUCUGUCCCCGCAGCAGCGCCUCCUCCUGGCACCCGAGAGACCGGCACACCAUGGCCCCUCCCCCAAGGAACAGAGCAAAGGAUAGUGGCCGCAGAGCCCACGCGAGCCCACAGGACACCGGCCCCUAGAUUCCAGCCACCAAGCGGAAGCAUGAGACCCGCCCACACUAGCCUCUGUGUUCCCGUUAGCAGCAUCACACCCUGUCUCAUGUCACAGUGCCAUGGACACAGCAGUUACAGCACAAUUGUUUUAGCAGUGCGUGUUCAUAUAUGGGCUUGCUACUUCCUGUAAUUAGGACAUUCAACAUGGCGAGGGGCUACAAGAAAACAAACCCUUUUCUGUACAGAGUCUUACUGUAGCUACGCUAAUGGUUAACCUGAUAGAAUUAACUCGUAUUUUUCUAUGGUUUUAACCUGAUGCUCCACUGUCUCCGUCAUGGGGUUGUUUCGCUGUUUUGGGUUUGGCCUUGUUUUGCUUUCCUUUCUCCAGUCCACGUGUAGACUUUGCUCUUGUUUGGAUGAAGAAGCAGAUCAGAAGUAACUGCUCGCUCCUCCAGGUUGUCUUCAGACGUCUUGGAGACGUCCCUAAACACUGAGGGGGAAGACAGCCAAUAGUACCCAUUAAAAGAAAUACGUAAAUAAAACCUCUCUCCCACUGAGCUGUGCUAGGGCUUGGCUGUAGAUGUGCACUGUCUAUUUACAUCUGUCCUUACAACCAUCCUUGUCCUCCUUGGUAUGGUAUCAAGCUCUUUCCCAUGACAUUUGGUUUAAAAAAAAAAACAGAAAAAAGACAAAGCGUCAACUGUACCCGCAGGCCUGCUGUGUGUGCUCGGGCCACAGGAGUCCUGAGGGUUCUGUGGGCCUGCGCGCAUCCCUCUCCCAUCGUGGGGGUGGCUCCGUGACCUUCCUGCCACGAGCAGGAGGUUGAUGAUGUGCUACGUUAGCCUUGUAAGAUACACUCCCACCAAAUGUGCGGCCGGUGUUCCCAGUGUAUAUUUCAUUCUGUUGUAUAUAAAGGAAGCAAUGUGUGUCAGGCCUCUGUGCAGUCAACCCAGCCUCCUCCCGCCAGUGCUAACCCCGUGUUGAGCCUGCAUGCUGACACUCUGGCUGAUCUGGACUCUAGAAGUGCUAGUUUGAAAUAUAUCCAUUACCGUCAUUUCCUUUUGAGCUUGUGGACAAGCUGAAUGUCAGGACUGACUUCUCCAGCUCCCAGCCCUGCGGGGGUGUCCUUGGCAUCACGUCAGCAGAGGAGAUGAGUCCCUGUUGCAUUUUGGUGUUUGGGGCUUUGGGUUUAGCCACGUGAGCUCUGAACGUCCGUUAGAGUUAGGGUGAUUGGAAGGUCUCCAUCACUGGGUGUUUUAAAGGUGAUUCACCACCAUUUGUGAAAGGACCAACGUGCUGACAAACAGGACCGAUCCGAGUGCUACAUGACUGUGCGUUUGCUAUUUCAAUGGGCCUGAACGACUACAAAGCCGGCUAGGUCUGGAAGGGGAAGCCAGCUCUGGCCACGACAUCUGGUCGGAGGGAAGUGGGGAUGUGGCAUGGUAGCGUCUGUUCAUCCAUGGAAUAAAACAUUAUUUUACCA